CUGCAGAUUUUAUUGAUUUUCUCUUUGUCUCUCUCUUUCUCUCUCUCUUUUUCCUUGGAUAUGUCUUCAUAGACUUAACCUUUGGCGAUAUUCCUCUCUGUUAUUCUUUGCUAUCCGUAAGCAUGAAUCCGUCGCCAUCUUGUCCAUCUCCGUCACCUGCUCCUCAUCGCUUUCGCUCGUCCUUACCUAAUAAAUUGCCUGCUUUUGACAACUCCAUUCUUGCUCGUCCAUUGUCUUCGCAAUCCCACCCUUUCCUCAAUGACCGCUCUCAGUCAUCGCCUUUACCAACCACCACCACCGGUCAUCAACUUGACGCCCGGUAUAGUAAAGUCCAGAGAAAAAAGCAAGAGGUUAUAAACCCGUCAGAAAUGGCACGAUCCCCGAUUGUUUACCCGGCUUUCUUAUCUCGGGUCGCUUUUGAAAUGCGGCAACGGGUCACAUUGGGCGACCGUAUUAAAAAUAGCAUCGAAUAUAAAAAUGCGUUUGACGGCCAGGAAGCGGUGGAUAAAGUCGCCCUGAUCAUCAACACUUUGGAUCGCCAGCUUGCUGUUCGCGUUGGAAGAGCACUCGCAACGCAACGUUUCUUUCACGACGUCAAUUACGAAAAUCGCCUCAUCGAUUCCUCUUUUGAAAUUUACCAGUUUUUCUAUGAACGAACCAUGCCUCGACGGAACACCGACGUCGUCGUCUCUCCCAGCAAUAGCAGCAACAGCAGUGUGAGCAGUACCGGGUUUCCCGAGGAGGACCAUUUAACCUACGAUUAUCUUCCAAAUGGUGUCUUUACCGAACUCACCCACUGCUAUGUUCCAACCUGUCUUGGAAAAAACCCUUGCUACAGCUAUUCUUGUCCAAAAAGAAACAACGCCAAGCGACAUCGGACAGAAAGCAUGGGGACGCUUGGCCGACUUAGCAGUAACAUGUACAUACGACAGCAGCAUCGUGGGUUAUGGGCCGACACCGUACCCAGUGAAUUGUAUGCGACCAUUUCCGGCACUGAACGUAAACGUCAAGAAAAUAUUUAUGAGCUCAUCUAUACCGAAGACGACUUUAUUGCCGAUUUGGAGUAUUUGGAAGAGAUGUGGGUCCAACCUUUAUUAACAACCGAUAUCAUUCCCAGUGAGCGGCGAAACAAUUUCGUUGCCAAAGUAUUUCGUAAUUUCAGAGAGAUCCAUCAAGUCAAUGCUCGGUUUCUCAAAGCGUUGCAGGCACGGCAGUGUGAACAUCCUAUUGUCUUUCAAGUAGGCGACAUCAUUCUGGACUUUGUCAUCUAUUUUGAACCCUUCAUCACCUAUGGAGCGAGACAGCAUGAAGCAAAAGAUAUCCUGGAAACAGAACUUUACCUCAAUCCAUCAUUUGCCGCAUUUGCCGAGGAAACGGAGCGGUUACCUUGCUCGUAUAAACUUGAAUUAAACGGGUACCUCACCAAACCCACCACACGCCUAGGACGUUACACCCUGUUAUUGAACGAAAUUCUGAAGCACACACCGUCAUCCCAUCCAGAUCAAAAACUGAUUCCAAAAGCUGUCAAUGUCAUCAAAGGUGUUCUUCAUCGCGUCAACGCGGAAGCAGGCAAGGCCAAGAAUCGCUUUGAUAUCGACCGCAUUCAUCAACAUUUAUCAUUCAAAUACAAAAUGGAUGAAACUGAUUUACAGUUGACACACCAAGGCCGAUCCAUUGUGAAACAGGGCAUCCUUCGUAAAAGCGCGUCCUUGGAUUCAACCGAGUACCAAGUCAUAUUAUUCGACCAUUAUUUAAUUGUGGCCAAAGUCAGGCUAGUCCACGGCAUUGAGCAACAUUAUGUGGUCCAAAAAAAGCCCAUCCCCAUUGCAUUGCUGUUGGCUACUAUACCAGACAUGCGUCCCAAACGUUCAAGUUCCAUUCUUCCUCAUCUACAAACCCAAAGCUCAGGCAAUUUGGUGCGACGCGCCUCCUUGGAAUUGAUUCCCUUUGUUAGCAGCGGAAGUAGCAACUCUCCAUCACCUACCCAAAGUACGGAGAAUCUUUUAUCGGCCAACAAAACUGGAUACCCCAUCUUAUUCAAAUAUCUCGGUCGACAAGGGUGCCCAGGCUUUACACUGUACGCACCAUCCAAUGCGACGCGCAAACCAUGGAUUGAUAAAAUUCGUCAACUUCAAGCGACCAAAGAUCGCCGACAACCUGUCUUUGAUCUUUUGCCGGCUGUCCAGGAGUGUGCAUUUCACGUUGAUCUCCGAGUCAACCACAUGAUAACAUUCAAUAGGGGACAACAAUAUUUGCUGGCGACGGAUGACGGUGUAUACGUAGGUCAUACGGCACAAUCACGCGUGGCACAUAAAGUGCUUCAACUCGAACGUGUAACUCAAGUCGAGGUCCUGGAAAUCGCUGAAAUAUUACUCAUCUUGGCGGACCGCACAUUAUGGGAAUAUCCUUUAGAUGUGGUGAAUAGCAAGCCAGAUAUGCAGCCUCCCGGACGCAAAGUGCAAUCCCAUGUUUCUUUCUUUCAUGUCGGUGUGUGCUUGCAGAAAACCUUGGUGUGCGUGCCACGCGUGUCUUCGCUGAAAUCCACCAUUUCCACCUUUGAACCUACCCAUGCAGCCGAACAUCUUGCAAAGAAACAGGGACUUCUCGAACGCUUGGUCCGACCCUUGUCCUCUGCCAGCGGACUACACUUGAAACGGAUCAAAGAUUGCUACAUUCCAAGCGAAGUCUGGGCCAUUGAAUUAUCACCCAGCAAGAUGCUCGUCACCUGUCCCCGUGGUGUCAUUAUGAUCGACAUGCAAACCGAUAAACCCCAACAGCUAUUGAAUCCAGCCGAUAAAAAUCUCUCGUUUAUCACUGAGCGGGAACGAGAAGAAUCCCCACUAAACUUGCGUCAAAUAUCGCGAAAACGUGUAGCCAUUUUCCGUACGCCUCGCAAAGAUUAUUUUAUUUGCUACGAUGAAUAUGCAUUUUAUAUUGAUGGCAAGGGCAAUCGCACAUUUCCCAACUUCUUGAUUGAAUGGGAAGGGUAUCCCGAAGCCUUUGCUUUCAAUUACCCUUAUGUCAUGGCUUUUGAUCCUUCGUUUAUUGAAAUUCGCAACAUCAUUACGGGUGAAUUGGAACAAGUGAUCCGCGGUACACACAUCAAGUGCCUGAAUAAUGGCCACAAGGCUGCACUGCCACUCAUCUUUGGUACCAUGACCGAUCUCAAUGAUGGCACGUAUCAAUAUAUUUUCCAGCUUACAUUGCAUUCUCCGCCGUCUUCAUCGGAUCCUUCCUCUACUCUAUCCUUAUCAAAUCUACGCAUCUAAGGCUGCCAUAUAACCCCUUGAAUUCUAGUUAAUAUUUAGCUACUACUGCGCUAUUAUAAUUUAAUCCACGUAGCGUGUUGUAAUUCCUUAUUCUGAUAGUAGAUCUGUCAGUUAGACUGUCCAUAU